UCACGGGCGCCCGCUCCAGUGUGGAGCUCUUUCGCUCUCACGGUUGUAGUUCUCGUACCAAAGGGAAAAGGCCAGUCGGGAGAGUCCCAGGAUCCAUUUGCGGAAGUUUGGAGCAUAUUUGCGUUCGGUGGCAGUGUACUGACCCAUUUGUCUCUCGGGUAGCGGGUUAAAAGUUGUCACCAUGCCGGUUUUUCACACGAAGACAAUAGAAAGUAUCCUGGAGCCGGUGGCUCAGCAGAUAUCCCAUCUGGUGAUCAUGCACGAAGAAGGUGAAGUUGACGGCAAGGCUAUACCGGACCUGACCGCCCCGGUGGCCGCAGUGCAGGCGGCCGUCAGCAACCUAGUGCGAGUGGGAAAGGAGACGGUGCAAACGACAGAGGACCAGAUCAUGAAAAGGGACAUGCCACCAGCUUUUAUUAAAGUGGAGAACGCAUGCACCAAGCUCGUGCAGGCUGCCUCCAUGCUGAAAGCUGAUCCUUACUCUGUCCCAGCUCGUGAUUACCUCAUUGAUGGGUCACGGGGUAUCCUCUCUGGAACCUCCGACCUGUUAUUAACCUUCGAUGAGGCAGAGGUGCGCAAAAUAAUCAGAGUAUGCAAAGGCAUCCUGGAGUACCUGUCUGUGGCUGAGGUGGUGAAGACUAUGGAGGACUUGAUAACCUACACAAAGAGCCUGGGACCAGGAAUGACCAAGAUGGCAAAGAUGAUAGAGGAGCGACAACAGGAGCUCACCCACCAAGAGCAUCGGGUGAUGCUGGUAAACUCCAUGAACACAGUCAAGGAGCUGCUGCCCAUCCUCCUAUCAGGUAUUAAAAUCUUUGUGACAACAAAAACUUCUGGCAGCCACGGUGUUGAGGAGGCCUUGAAAAACCGCAACUUUACAUUUGAGAAGUUAAGUGCAGAGAUAAAUGAGAUCAUUCGCGUGCUCCAGCUGACAUCAUGGGAUGAGGAUGCCUGGCACAACAAGGACACUGAAGCAAUGAAGAGGGCUCUCGGGCUGAUCGACUCGAAGAUGGCCCAGGCUAAAAACUGGCUUCGGGAUCCAAAUGCACCGCCAGGAGAUGCCGGUGAGCAGGCCAUCCGACAGAUCCUGGAUGAGGCAGGAAAAGUGGGGGAAUUGUGUGCUGGAAAAGAACGCAGGGAUAUUCUGGGCACAGCCAAGACCCUGGGACAGAUGACAGAUCAGGUGUCCGACAUGAGGGCCAGAGGUCAGGGGGCAUCCCCAGCAGCCAUGCAGUGGGCCCAGCAGAUUUCCCAAGGGCUGGACGUCCUCACAGGGAAGGUGGAAAAUGCUGCUCGUAAGCUGGAGGCCAUGACCAACUCCAAGCAGGCUAUUUCCAAAAGAAUUGAUGCUGCACAGAACUGGCUUGCUGAUCCAAACGGUGCUCCGGAGGGAGAAGAGAACAUCAAGGCUCUUCUUAUUGAAGCCAGAAAGAUUGCCGACCUGUGUGAGGACCCGAAAGAAAGAGAAGACAUCCUGCGCUCUAUUGGAGAGAUUGCAGCCAUGACUGCCAAGCUAUCUGAUCUCAGAAGACAGGGUAAAGGUGACACACCUGAGGCCCGGGCUCUAGCCAAACAGAUUGCUACCGCUCUGCAGAAUCUGCAGUCCAAGACCAACAAAGCAGUGGCCAACAGCAGACCUGCGAAGGCCGCUGUUCACUUGGAAGGGAAGAUUGAGCAGGCACAGCGCUGGAUUGAUAAUCCGACUGUGGAUGACAAUGGAGUAGGGCAGGCAGCUAUCCGUGGGCUGGUCGCUGAGGGCCGUCGGCUCGCCAAUGCUGCGCCCGGCCUGUACAGGCAGGAGUUGCUGGGGAAAUGUGAGCAGGUGGAGCAGCUUAUGGCUCAGCUGGCUGACCUGGCCGCCCGGGGUGAAGGGGACUCCCCGCAGGCACGCGCUGUGGCUCACCAGCUCCAGGAGGCGUUGAAGGACCUUAAAGGAAAAAUGCAAGAAGCAAUGACUCAGGAAGUUUCUGACAUCUUCAGUGACACCACUACCCCGAUCAAGUUACUGGCCGUGGCUGCCACUGCACCCCUGGACACACCCAACAGGGAUGAGGUGUUUGAUGAAAGAGCCACAAACUUUGAGAAUCAUGCCAACAAGUUGGGCACCACAGCCGAAAAAGCAGCUGCUGUUGGGACGGCCAACAAGAGCACGGUGGAGGGAAUCCAGGCGGCGGUCAAGUCCACAAGAGAUUUAACUCCUCAAGUCGUUUCUGCUGCUCGUAUUCUUCUAAGAAACCCGGGCAACCAAGCGGCUUAUGAACAUUUUGAGACCAUGAAAAAUCAGUGGAUUGACAAUGUUGAGAAGAUGACAGGUUUGGUGGACGAGGCAAUAGACACAAGGUCUCUGCUGGACGCCUCUGAGGAGGCUAUUAAGAAGGACCUGGAGAAGUGCCGUGUGGCGAUGACCAUGCCCAAACCCCAGCCUCAGAUGCUAGUUGCUGGGGCAACCAGCAUUGCCCGCAGAGCAAACCGCAUCCUCCUCGUGGCAAAGCGUGAGGUGGAAAACUCUGAGGACCCUAAGUUCAGGGAAAUGGUGAAGGCUGCGUCUGAUGAACUGAGCCAUACUAUCUCUGCCAUGGUCAUGGAUGCUAAGGCUGUGGCUGGAAACAUCCAUGAUCCAAAUCUCAAGAAGAACUUUCUGGACUCUGGUAAUAGAAUUCUAGGUGCUGUGGCAAAGGUCCGCGAGGCCUUCCAGCCUCAGGAACCCGACUUCCCUCCACCACCGCCACCAGCGCUAGAUCAACUGAAUCUCAACGAUGAACCUGCACCACCCAAGCCGCCACUUCCAGAGGGUGAGGUUCCUCCACCCAGACCUCCGCCUCCAGAGGAAAAGGAUGAGGAGUUCCCGGAGCAGAAGGCUGGAGACGUAGUGAACGAGCCCAUGAUGGUGGCUGCCCGGCAGUUGCACGAUGAAGCUCGCAAGUGGUCCAGCAAAGGAAAUGACAUCAUUGGUGCUGCCAAGCGUAUGGCCCUGCUCAUGGCUGAAAUGUCCCGUCUGGUGCGAGGUGGUAGUGGCAAUAAGCGUGCCCUCAUCCAGUGUGCCAAAGACAUCGCCAAGGCUUCUGAUGAGGUCACACGUCUGGCCAAGGAAGUGGCCAAGCAAUGUACCGACAAGCGUAUCCGGACCAACCUGCUCCAGGUGUGUGAACGCAUCCCCACCAUCAGCACUCAGCUGAAGAUCCUGUCUACCGUCAAGGCCACCAUGUUGGGUCGAACAAACAUCAGUGAGGAAGAGUCGGAGCAGGCCACAGAGAUGUUGGUCCACAAUGCUCAGAACCUGAUGCAGUCUGUGAAGGAGACUGUCCGGGAGGCUGAGGCUGCCUCUAUCAAGAUCCGCACAGACGCUGGUUUCACCCUCCACUGGGUCCGAAAGACCCCCUGGUAUCAGUAAAGAGACACCCAGAGUGUCUUUUGCCGUUGCGCUCCAGUGGUCCACCAGGGCGUGGAAUGGACUGAAGUGUUAAAAUCAAGGGUCCUUGACUUGACACUGGCCAGGUUUCUCUUCUAGUCUGUUGAAUUUGCUGGUCUACAAAGGGACCCUGAGUGCAAGUUGUGGCUUAGUUUUUUUUUUUUUU